AUGGAUAGCGUUAAUGGUACGGCUUCAUUUCUUUAUGAUAGUAUGAACCCCACUCUCUAACAAUGUCCGGUGACUCUUUUACUGGCUAUGAUACAUUUUUAUACCCUCUAGAAUACAACAGCAGUCACUGCCAGACAGAUAACCAGCACUGAGGGAUCUAGAAUCAUGAAUAUUGGAUGUCAAAAAAUCAGAUUUUUUCUGAAUAUGCAGGGGUUUUGAGCUUGGUACAACUGUACAUAGUAUAGGCCAUGGCCAAAUGUGAAUAACGUUAUGAAAUUUCUUUGCUAACUUUUAUAAUCUCCGCCAUUUACUUAGCCUCCUACGCGCUGACGUUCUUACGGCUUCAUCACGCGUUUCGUCCUCACUGAACGUGGGAAAAAAGGCGUUACCAAGCCCUUAGAACGCCUACGUGGGAGGCUUAAUACCAUUUUAUUUAUCGUCAGGGGUAAAGCUCAAUUGUGACUUGGUCACGUGCAUUUUCCCGCGAUUGACGUCACCUACAUGUAUUUGCAUCGUGAACUGAUUGGUUCAUUUAAAUAUCACUUUGAAUUCUGAUUGGCCAAAAAAAUACUUUGAUUCUACGGCAGUCAGUUCAGGAAAGUAAGUUCGCGUCUUGUACUGCCAUCGCAGAAGUAAGUGGAAUAUAGCCUGACUAUAUCCUUGUAGAAAGCCGUGCAAAAGAAUGUUAGAGUCAAAAAUUAAUCCCAAUCGCAGUUUGACGUGAGUGUGAAACAGACAGAUGCUUAUUUUUUUUGUUCCAAUACGAACCUUCGUGUAGUUCUGUCCUUGUUAGCUUCCGAAUUUUAUUUGUUUUAGCUUCUAAAUGUACAGUGAUAUAAUUUAUUUCAUCCGUCUUUUCCUUUCUAUAUCCACAGCGUUGUCAAAAAUAAGAGAAAGAGGAACGAAACAAGAAAAUGUAAGCAGUUUGUAUAUUUUGCUGAUUUAGGAACAGAACGGGAGCGUCAGUUGACGACGACGCGCGCAAAUUAAUCAUAUGGCUUGACCAAUGGCAGAGCGGCCAAUUGGGCGCCGGAAGUCGUGUUUAGUCCCUUCCGCGCGCUUUCCCGUCGCAAACUGACGUUCCCGUCCUACAACUACAAGGGCGGGAUUUUAGUUAAUAGACACCCCCGAAGAGAUUCAUCUACUAUAUUUUACCAGAAAUGUUGGCACCGUCAUUUUAGUGUCUUGAAGAAGGUAAAGCCUUCGGCUGGUCGCAAAAUGAUAAAACUCUAAAAUUCGAUGACUUGUUUCCUGUCACUACGGCAUUUUUGCUACAGCCGUAAGCAGAAUGACGACAGCUAUCGCGUUUUCUCGCCAAAAUUAUGCUGGCUCUCGCUAGCAACCAUUAUUAAGAAAUCUCGUUCUCGAAGUGGUCCUCGUUUUGGAAUCUAAAAGUUUUCAAUGCGUGGUCCUGCAUAAUUUCGGUAAGCAUGGAGUGGAAAGAAGGAGAAACGUGUCAAGUUCCCUCUCCUUUCCUCUUUCCUUUCUUUUUCUUUUUCUUCCCCUUCUUCUUCUGCUUGUUUAAAUUUCUCGCCUACUGCCCACCUUACCCCCUCACCCCGGUUCCCUGUUAACAGCCCAAACACCGACCUCCAACGGUAUCAUCACGCCUAAAUCCAAGAACACCACAUUUUAGCAGAAUGUUACAGACGAAGAAAAAGAGGAGGAAACCUCAGAUGUUAGUGAAGAGCUGAGUGAAGAUAGUGAAGUUGAAGACAAAGAAGACAAUGAUCAAAGACCAGACAGCCGACAGGUGACUGGGGAUAGUAUGGCCAGUAGUUCAUCAGAGGAUAUGGAGACUAUUAGCGUUGCAGUCAAGUCACCAACUCACAGCCAGUUCUUAGCUCCUCAAGGAAUCUUUAGUGCACCUCAGUCAUCUCAAGGACAAAGGACAGCUGGUCCUUUGAUAACAGAAAUUAUUACAGGAGGAGGUAAUUAUUAAUUGCCAUUUAUUUUGAGAUCAAACGGGUAUUCUUUCUCUUAUACCGCCCUCCAGCUUUAGAUGGGUAUUCCCCCCCCCCCCCCCCCCCCCCCCCCCCCCCCCCCCCGCCCCUCUGCACGCCGCACGCCGCUCAGCCAUACGGCCUUUUGUCUCUAUCUUUGUGCCGCCCUUUUCNCCCCCCCACCCCCAGCCUAUCUAAGCGGCUGUUUAUGUGGAAGGAGGAAGACCGUACAAUUACUUUCCUUGAUCUACUGUAAUUUCGACCUCUAUUAAGCUAUUAAGCGGUCACCUCUAUUAAGCGAUCGCGGUUACCAUUUGCGAAGUAUCAAAGGGACUUUUUCUAUUGUCUUGACCUGGAUUAAAUGGUCACACGGUGUCAAUUACUUGUUCAUACAGUUUCACAUAGUAAUGUAACGCACGAGGUACAACAAUUGAUUUCCUUGUUUAUUAUGUUUAAACUAAAAUAGGAAAUAUAUGGUGCUCGAAUGAUACGUCUUCUAGGAUCUUCCUAGCGCUAGGAUCGCCCUCGCUUCAUGUAAACAGCCUCUGGAUGGAAUGUUUCCGAAACCUUUUUAAUGACAUAUAAAGGAAACACUAAUUUGGAAAUUUUAUCCUUAACGUUGUAUGAAAAUAUGUUUAACGCUUGGCUUUCUAUACGGUUUCUUUGUCAGAUAAAGAAGAGAAGCAAAGUAAAGGCGAAGGGGUGUUGAUUACCGAGCUGGAUGGUAUGUGGAGUCGUAUGUAGCUAAACGACCCAUGUGGUGUGAAUUACGUAUUUUCUCGCAUAGAUAGAAAAACAACUUGGAAUGUUCCUCUUGUGCUAAAUAGCGUCCACCACAGCUGACAUGUCGCCAAACUGGAUGUAUAAUACCCCCGAGUCGUGUAGAACGAUUCAGUUGCAGCAGAGUUUCAAAACAAAUUACGUUAUUUCUUUGGCUUUGCAUUGCUACGCUUUCUGAAUGGUUGAAAUAUGUCAAACCACUUUUUCAACCAAUCAGAAGUAAAACCACAGUAAAUAUUGACUCGCUUUCAUUCGCUUUCCCGCGCUUGGCGUCGGCGGGCUAAACAAAGUGUAUAUGCUUCGACUUCUGAUUCGUUAAUUUGGACUUCUGCGCGUACUGCGAUUGGCUAGAGUAAUAUUUAGUCGAGUUUGGUUUUAAGACACUCGCUUGAAAAUCGACCCAGAUGACUUCAGUAUGAGUAUAUGUCCGAGGGUGUUCAGGUCUCUUUCAGGGCAAAGCUCUUUGCCGCCACGUUGCUCUUAUGAAACCUCCUUUCCUGUUCCAGUUUACCUUUAGCUCCUCCAUCAGUUACUUUCCGGGUGGUCAUCUCGCGUCCUUCACCCAACUCGGGAUCGCGCCUGCAUUGAGCUACGCCGUCAGCUGUAAAUGUGGUGGACUGAUCAUCUGGACAAAGGCCACCUAUUUUCAUGCUAGCAAAACUUUUCCAUUUCCGUCUCACGUCUUCCGUCAUCCUAAAUGCUUUGUUUCGUCGGCGACCUGUUCUUUGUCGAAGCGGCUGUUAACGUUUUAAUUUGACAAUUUUUCCGAACUUGUUAUUCUCGUCCCAGGGCCAGUCGUUUCCUUUGCUCGGGAAAAUGGCCGAGUGGCUCUGGAGACGAGAAUGGGAGUUGCCGGAUACAAGAUGAUAGAAUUCGUAUUUACUUUUUUUUCUCUAAUUUUUGUUGCCUUAUUUUAUUUUUUUUAGACGACGAUAUUGAAACAAUAACACUGCGCGAGGUACCUACAGAACAUACCUCGAAGGGAUUUCUAGAUCUACAAGAGGUUGGUAGACUUAUUAGCUGGAGAAUUUUUCUCUCAUUCUUAUUCUUUUCUCUCUUCCUUAUCAUGUACUUAACGCAUUAUAUCUAUCCGAGAAUGAGAAAAGGAAUUUGCUGGAGCAUUGAAAGAUUUGAUGCAAAACCCGACAAUUGAAUUACAAGACAAGUCAGUCAGUCCAUCCGUGUGUAAUUUUGAGUCAUUCACCAAGAGAACUUUAGUCAAUCCCUGUUAAUACGGAGACCAGGGGCCCGUUUUUCGAAAGGCCCGGUAACUUUGCGGGUCCGGAGGCAUGAAAUUUUUGAAUUAAGACCUGUUGAAUAGUAGCACAGUUCCUAGCUCGCAAACCGGCAAAUUUUGCUUCGUUAAUUGAUAGUGACAUUGUAUCAUUUUCAAAAUUAUUGAAACUUCGAUUUUAAAUGCAAACACGACAACCAUAAAACAUGUUUUCGGGCCGGAAAAGUUGUCGGGGCUUUCGAGAAACGCGCCCCAGGAGGCCAUAUAUUAGCGGGGUGUUAGUAUUAAGCGGGUUGAAUUUAGAGAAAAUGUGAGGGCUUUCUUUCCCCAGGGAUGAAGCAAACUUAACAUAGUAACGAGGUGUCCGUAUUAAGCGGGUGACUGUCCGCAAAAGUGGGGUUUGACUGUAAUCCGUAACUAAUCCCUUUUGAAACUGAAACCACUAAAACCCGCAGCCUCGUUCCCAGUCGUCCUUGGCGACUUCUUAUGUGACGUCACCUGUAGGUUCCAAGCCUCCUUUGGUUACACGAAUAGGGCGCACUGGCCGGGGCCUGGGUACAGACACUAUCUCGUUAUUUUUAAACGACAAAUAUUAGAUACAUAAUAUUUUACAGUUUCAAACUCUUCUGCAAGAAUACAGUGUUACAAUGUGACGACCACUUUUUGUAGGAUCUGCCUGAGCUCGAGGAAGUAGACGUGGAGGACCCUUUGUUCAUUCGCAGCUUAAAGUCAUCUCGUGCGGGGGUAAGUGUUUUACCUUUUUUUACUAGCUUGCGGCCAAGAAGUCAAUGAAGUUGUCAAUCAAAUUUUCGGCCUUUAUUGCCAUGAGUAACCGCUGAACGACCCGCCGCCAUUUUUUCCUGGUUUGUCCCUAGUCCCAGGAUCUACCCAGCGAAAGCAGUUUACAUGGUGCUAGGAAGUUCCUCAAGCAAGGAUCUUCCAGCUGGGAAGAUCCUAGUGCUUGGGACAAGUACAACCCCUUUGCAUGUAAACUGAAUACAGAAUACAUAUGGCGCUAGUAUGAUCCGCCUCUUUAGGAUCUUCCUGGUGCUAGGAUCUUCUUCCCUCCAUGUAAACAGCCCCUACCAUUUGACAAUUUGAAGGACAUGAAAUAAGAGCGGUGAAUUUUAAAACCGCAUGAAUUAAGCUCCUUAUUGACUUGUGUUUCAACUGUUAGGGAAAACCGCUGAUCGAGGAACUAGAUGAUGAUACAGAGAAAACAAAAAGACCACUUAUUCAGGAAUGCAGAGUACCCAACAUCUCUACCAGUGGCGAAGCGUUGAUCGCGCAUGAACGAAGACCAGUGAUUGAAGAAAUAAACGAAAGGUUUUGUCACUUUGGUCACUUAGCUGAUAAACCUGUCAGGCCUCUUAUUGAAGAACUUGGCGAAAAAGAAGACAUUAAGAAGGUUGAUUCAAAAGCUUCGAUUAUAGAGGUGUCACGUGACCCGUUAGAACAAGAGGAUACCACUGCUGAACAAGAAGAGCUCGGGAUCAACACCGCUGGUCAAGGAAGUGCUUGUUGGGAAACACUCCAAAAACUCGCAGAACAAGUGGGGUCAACAGUAGACCGAGAACCAAUUAAUAUAGCAAAAGAGAAGAGGGAUUUUGUCAAAAGAAUGCAGCAUACGAAUCUGGGAGACUUGGACUGA